AUGUAUAUUUCAAUAAUAUUUUCAAUAUUAAUUGUUAUAAAUUGUGAAUUAAAAUUAAAAAUGGUACAAAUACUAUUCAGGCAUGGCAUAAGAUAUUCUUUAUAUUCCGAACUAAUGUAAAACCUUGAAAACUACCAAGAACAGCUCCUUAAUGACGGCUAAAUAAACAGUUUAGGAAUGCGAUAAAUGUAUUAUUUAGGUUAAAUUUUAAGAAAAGAAUAUAUUGAAGAUUAAAAAUUUUUAUCUCCAUAAUACAUAAAGGAAGAGAUGUUUAUAUAAUCUUCAAAUGUAAACAGAACUUUAUAAAGUGCUUAAAGUUUUAUGAUAGGACUCUAUCCAUUAGGUACAGGGGUCAAAUUAAUGGAAAAUAUACCUUUAGAAAGCUUUUUACCAACAUAUUAAUAAGUUAAUUAAUAAAAUUAAUAUUAGUAUAUAAAAUAAAUGGACGAUAAUUUUGCUUCACCAAGCGGUAUAUAUCCUUUUUCAAUACAUACAUAAGGAGAUAACGAUAAUAUAUUAAAUCCACCAUGCCCUUUGUUAAAAAAUAAGAACAGAAUUAUAGUAAAUAGAGAAGAAAAAAAAUUUAACGAAGAAUAUAAAAAAUAUGAAAAAAUAGUAUAGAAGAUUGCUAAGUCAAUUAAAACUAAUUAAAAGUUUAACAUUUAAAAUAUUACGAAAUUAUAUGAUGUUAUUUUAUGCCAAAAAUAUAUGGGUUACGAUUAUGAAAUUUCUUAAUAAGAAUUUGAUACUAUAUAAUAUUUAAAAGCAUAUAGUAAAUUGCUUUCGACUUUUAAAACAGAAAAUUGUAAACUUAUAAUUACGCCUUAUUUAUAAUUUCUAGUGUAAUAAUUUGAUUCUAAAAUUAAAAAUUAAAAUUAUCAUAAAUUUAUUGUUUCUAGUGCGCAUGAUAGUUAAAUUUUACCUUUAAUGGUUAUUUUAAAUUUAAUUAAUUUAGAUUGUGUUUAUAAUGAUUUUAAUCAUAAUAAAAAGAGUUGUGAAAUAAUUCCUAGUUUUUCUUCCAAUUUAAUUUUUGAGUUGUACUAAAAUGAAUAAGAUAACUAUGUUAUUAUGGUUAAAUAUAACGGAUAAUAUGUCAAUUUACCUUGCGGGUCAAAAAAUAAUAAUAAAUUGUGUUAUUAUUAUGAUUUUAGAUAAUUUAUUGAAAACAGUAUAGUCAAUAAUUAUAACUAAUAAUGUGGGAUUCAAGAAUAUGCAGUUUAUAAUAACGGGGAAUAUAGAGUCGGUAUUAUAAUUAUAUUCUUUCAGUUUAUUUUUAUUGCCUGGCUUUUGAUGAAAAAUUAAAGGCUUAAAUAAUAAUAGUAAUUUUAAAUUAAUUAUAGAUAGUAUGAUAUACCUUUGUAACCUUAAAUUUAAUUGGAAUAUUGA